AUGACGAUCAAUGAAGAGGAUAAGGGCAAGCAAUUGGUGCUCGUCACUGGUGCAUCGGGUUACGUGGCAACGCAUUGCGUAGCACAAGCACUGGCUGCGGGGUAUAGGGUACGUGGGACUGUUCGGAGCAAGAAGAAUAUGCGAAAGGUGGCUCCCCUGCUCCGACUACCCUAUGCGGAUGAACGUCUAGAGCUCAUCGAGGCAGAUCUACUAAAUGAGCAUGAUUGGCCAGCAGCUGUGAAAGGUUGUACCUACAUCCUCCAUGUCGCAUCUCCUUGGCCAAUAGUCGCCGAUGAGUCCACCAUCAAGACAGCAGUAGAUGGUACCUUAUUCGUUCUGCGUGCGGCUUCUAUGACACCUUCAGUGAAGAAGGUGGUAUUGACAAGCAGCUGUGCAGCUAUCAAUGGUGAGCAACAAAGCUUGGGGACCAGUUCUCGUUAG